AUUAUCUGCUCAGCAGCCAUGCAUCAUUUAUAACAAUCUCUGGCAAAACCUCAGAAAAAGAUACGCGCUUGUCUCAUCUGGCAGAGCCCAGUGAAAACACUCUCCGGGUGGAACCGACUCCAGCCGUGGGGCAGCCUCGUGGAAUUUGCUUCCCUGAAGGAGUAUGACCCAGUUAGGAAGGAAGGAAGAGCCGCACGUCAAACACCAGUGAAACCAGAGAGGAGCUGGACUCCGGCUUCUCCGCAGGAUAGUGGAUCCCUUCUAUCGGAAAUGGCCCACGAAGUGGACCUGGAGUCCUUCAAGGAGUUGGAACGGGACGUCAUUCUCCGUGUCCUAUACCGAGAUCAAACUGUUCAGAGCAUCGAAGAGGAAAGGGUCCGGAAACUGAAGUCACACCUGCAGCAUCUUCGGUGGAAGGGGGCGAAGAGCUCUAGCCAGGAAUACAAGGAAAAAUGCUGUGCACGCUGCCAGCGGGCUCUGGGCCUUCUGCUGAACCGUGGGGCCGUGUGUCAGGGCUGCAGCCACCGUGUGUGUUCCGAGUGCCGUGUUUUCCUGCGGAGGACUCGUGCAUGGAAGUGCACAGUGUGCUUUGAGGAUAGAACCGUGAAAAUCAAAACCGGAGAAUGGUUCUUUGAGGAACGAGCCAGGAAAUUUCCAAAUGCAGGCCGACGUGAGACCGCUGGGGCGAAGCUCCUGCAAUCUUAUCAGAGGCUGAGCAAAAUCUCUGUGGUCCCUCCGACACCACCACCUCUCAGUGAGAGCCAGUGCAGCGGCAGCCCCAGCAGGUUACAGGAACUUGGCCACUUCAGAGGCUUUAAUAAGUCCGUGGAAAACUUGUUUCUGUCUGUCACCACCCAGAUGAGAAAGCUCUCCAAGUCCCAGAAUGAUAUGACCUCUGAGAAGCAUCUCUUGGCCAUGGAUCCCAGGCAGUGUGUGAGCCACACGGAGAGGCGGAGCCAGUCAGACACUGCGGUCAACGUCACUUCCAGGAAGGCCAGCACACCCGAUAUUCUGAAAGCAUUCCAUCAAGAAGAUCCUAAACACCCUCCCAGCCCUGUUUUGAAGCAAGACACUCCCCCGUCCAGUCUGACACACAGCGCUGUCUUCUCUGGAGGCUUGAGACAUGGAAGCUUAAUUAGCAUCAACAGCACCUGCACAGAGAUGGGUAAUUUUGACAAUGCUAAUGUCUCUGGAGAAAUAGAAUUUGCCAUUCAUUACUGCAUUAAAAGCCAUUCUUUAGAGAUAUGCAUCAAGACUUGUAAGAACCUCGCCUAUGGAGAAGAAAAGAAAAGAAAGUGCAAUCCGUACGUCAAGACCUACCUGCUGCCUGACAGAUCCUCCCAGGGAAAACGCAAGACACGAGUCCAAAAGAACACGCUGGACCCAACUUUCGAGGAAACCUUGAAGUAUCAGGUGGACCCUGGCCAGCUGGUGACCCGGAGGCUGCAGGUCUCUGUGUGGCACCUAGGUACCCUUGCCCGGAGGGUGUUCCUUGGAGAAGUGAUCCUUCCUCUGGCCACGUGGGACUUUGAGGACAGUACGGCACACGGUGCCAGAUGGUACCCUCUUCGUGCCAAGGCUGAGAAAUAUGAAGAGAAUAUUCCUCAGAAUAAUGGAGAACUUGCUGUUCGAGCCAAAUUGGUCCUUCCCGCAGGGCCAAGGAAGCUCCAGGAGGCCCAAGAAGGUCAGCUAGCGCUUAAUGGUCAACUGUGUCUGGUCGUGUUGGGAGCCAAGAAUUUACCUGUGAGGUCAGAUGGCACCUUAAACUCGUUUGUUAAGGGCUGUCUCACCCUGCCAGACCAACAAAAGCUGCGUGUGAAGUCCCCAGUCCUGAAGAAGCAGGCUUGUCCCCAGUGGAAACACUCCUUUGUGUUCAACGGUGUGAGCAGUUCUCAGCUGAGACAGUCCACCUUGGAGUUGACUGUCUGGGACCAGGCCAUCUUUGGUAUGAGCGACCGUCUGCUCGGGGAAGCCAGGCUUGGUUCAAAGGGAGGUGCUGCGGGUUGUACCGACUCAUGUUCACAGUCCAAACUUCAGUGGCACAAAGUCCUCUCCAGCCCCAACUUGUGGACAGACAUGACCCUCGUCCUGCACUGAGGUGAAGCCCAAGGCGACUGUGUCCCCCACAGAGGUCAACAGGAAGUAGGAUCGUGGCAGAAUCAGACACACGGGAUCACCAAUAACCGACUACAGUUAUGUGUGGGGUUAGGACACAGAACAAUUACUGCUACCCAGGCAGUCGGGGAGGCUACUGUCAACAGACGGAUUUGGAAAUGUUCUGAUCUCAAUAAAUGCUCAACACCGUC